AUGGCUGGUGAAUCUAUCUGGAUUGAAGGGAUUCCUUUUCCCAGCAAUAAUUUUACAGACCUGAGAUGUUUGCAGGAUGAAGUUGUGUUGUGGGAUGAAGAUGUCAUUAUACUUUCUUACCCAAAGUCAGGAACCAUUUGGAUGGUGGAGAUCAUCAGUCUGAUCUACUCCAAGGGAGAUCCUAGUUGGGUCCAAUCUGUUGUUCCCAGGGAUCAUUCACCAUGGAUAGAAGUUAAACGGAAGAAAGCAGGUUUAGAGAGUCAGAAGGGCCCACACCUCUAUACCUCCCACCUUCCCAUUCAGCUCUUCCCCAACUCAUUCUGCAAUUCCAAGGCCAAGGCGCAGCGUUCUCAACACCGCCAACCGGCACAAAGCCACGCCCCCAAGGCCGAACUCACGCCUGCGUACUCAAUCACCAGCGGAACCCUCUCCACCAGGCUCCGCGUCGAGGCCCUACGGGGCGUCAGUACGCACGCGUACUUUGUGUCCCAGGUAGCUUGUCUCUUAGCCCUUGUAGGCCUCUGCAUUCCGGUCACUGGGAGCGGGGCCGUGGGGCUGCACAUGCGCACUGCGAGUCCUCGCCUAGUCCCAGAAACCACCCGGGCGCAUACGCGGUGCGGCCGCUGCUUCAGGUCGGCGGCUCUAAAGAGACCUGGCUCUGCAUUUCCAGGACCCGGUCACUGUUCAGGACACUGUUCCAGCGCAGUGCACAUUAGCCAUGUCUCAGAGGUGCCAGGUGCAGAGAUUAAGGAGUUAUCUGCAAAGACGGCUAUUAAUGUAUUAUCUCAGUUUGACAGAGUGAUAACAUGUAUAAGAAACGUAUGUAAGGAAUGUGGAAAUGUAUACUGCCACAAUACGCAGCUUACUCUCCAUAAGAGAAAUCAUACACGAAAGAAAUGCAAUCAGUGUUUAGAUUGUGGGAAAUACUUCACUCGUCGAUCAACUCUCAUUCAGCAUCAAAGAAUCCACGAGAGACCCUAUAAAUGUAAUGAAUGUAGUAAAACCUUCAACCAGAGGGCACACCUUACCCAGCAUGAGAGAAUUCACACUGGUGAGAAAACUUGCAAAUGUAAGGAAUGUAGGAAAACCUUCAGCCAGAUGACUCAUCUCACACAGCAUCAGACUACACAUAUGGGAGAAAAGUUCCAUGAAUGCAGUGAAUGUGGAAAGGCCUUCAGCCAUUCCUCAGCUCUUAUGGAUCACCAGCGAAUUCAUAGUGGAGAAAAGCCAUAUGAAUGUAAGGAGUGUGGCAGAGCCUUCACUCAAAGUGCCCAGCUCAUUAGACAUCAGAAAACUCAUUCUGGAGAAAAACCCUAUGAGUGUAGUAAGUGUAAGAAAUCUUUUGUGCGCCUGUCUUCCCUGAUUGCACAUUGGAGAAUUCACACUGGAGAAAAACCAUAUCAAUGUAAGGACUGCAAAAAGACCUUCUGUCAUGUCAUGCAGUUCACUCUGCACAGGAGAAUUCAUACUGGUGAAAAACCCUACGAAUGUAAGGAAUGUGGAAAGUCCUUUAGCGCCCAUUCUUCUCUUGUUACUCAUAAGAGAACACACAGUGGAGAGAAAACGUAUAAAUGCAAGGAAUGUGGAAAAGCCUUCAGUGCGCACUCUUCCCUUGUUACUCAUACGAGAACACACAGUGGAGAGAAACCCUAUAAAUGCCAUGCCUGUGGGAAGGCCUUUAAUACUUCCUCCACACUUUGUCAACAUAAUAGAAUUCAUACUGGUGAAAAACCCUUUCAGUGCAGUCAAUGCGGGAAGUCCUUUAGAUGCAGCUCUCACCUUACUCGACACUGUAGAAUGUGUAAUGGAAAAUGUUAGCAAAUAACCAAAACUCAAAAUGUUAAUUCUGAUUAUUCUAUAUCAUCACCAGUACUUUGUCCUCUCAGUCUUUUUAAAUAUGCUAUCUUAGUUUAUAUGGAAUGAUAUUUCAUUGCACUGUUAAUUUAACUUAAAAAUGCCUUCCCUUGACUGUUGAUAUAUAUUUUCUGUGAAGUGUGUGUUGAAGUCUUGCAGAUUAUUUUUUAAAUUAGAGAUUUUUUAUUAGUAUUAUCUCCUAAUGCUAUCCCUCCCCCCUCCCCCUAAUGUAAAUGAUGAGUUAAUGGGUGCAGCACACCAACAUGGCACAUGUAUACAUAUGUAACAAACCUGCAUGUUGUGCACAUGUACCCUAAAAGUAUAAU